AUGGAUCCCCAGUCACCCGCUCCUGCAGACCUUCUGCAGGAGCUGGGCAACCUUCUCCGUGCAGCACUCACAUCUACAUCCACUCCCCAGUCUGCCUCUGCCAGUCCCAUGGCACUGCCUGCGUCAUAUGUGGGGGAACCAGCUGGAUGUGGUGGUUUUCUACUACAAGUCUCAUUAUACAUUGAGGCGCAACUGCAGGAAUUCUCCACCGACUGUACGAAGGUAGCCUUCUUAAUUUCUCUACUGUCUGGGCGCGUCCUGCAAUGGGCAAAGGCCAUAUGGGAUGCUAAUAGUGUCAUGAAUAACUCUUAUGAAGCUUUCACCACUCAGGAAGUAUUCGGCUCCUCUGCGGAUGAGAUCUCCGUCACUGAUUAA